AUGGUCUGCCUCGUUGCCUUCGCCUGUGCUCGCUCCAGCCACGGUUCCCACUCGAUCGAGCUUUUCGACAAGGUAGACUUCGGCUCACCUUUUCGCCUCUUCUUCAACAUGUCUCGCGCUCGACGACUCUUCGAAGCGACGCCCUUUCCCAGCUUCCAGACUCAAUCAGACAUAACCGAGCCCGUGAAUUGGAACAUUAUGCAAACCAGACUAUGGAAUAUCGAACUCGCCCGUGGUCUCUCUUCUGGUUCCGGCGGCCCUCAACGCAUUGCCAGGCUACUAGGCUCAUUGUUCCAAAUGCAACAGAUCGAGCAAGCCUUUAGCAUCUUUCAAACCGCCAUGCGUGCCUCUGCUCAGCCCGACGCUUGGCUUUCGCUCGAGCCGCUUGGCCAGACCUCAUCUUCCUCGUUGCCGCCGACUUCUUCCAGAGCUCAGUGGACAGAGAGCUGCUGGUCAGUUUGUCUCUCCAACUUGAUCGCUGCCGAACGUACCGACCUUGCCAUGGACGUUUGGACCCAACUUCAACAAAAACGGCUCCCGCCAACGCCGCGUAUCUGGAAUGCUUUGCUCGAUGGAUACGGACGCGCAAAGAAUUACACUGCGGCAGUACAGACGUGGUCGGCAGCAAUCGCCCAGGCCAGCGGCCAGGCGACAUCCACCUCCAUCAAGUUGCCAGACGAGCAGAUGUACACCACCAUGAUCGACAUCCACUUCCGAUCCAAAAAAGUCGACGAGGCUAUGGCGCUUCUCUCUGACAUGCUGGCAAACAGCGAUCGACACGGAGGCCAGCUUCACGUCCAAGCCGAGACGUUCAACGCCGUUCUCCAUGGCCUCUUCCUCAAUGGCAGACACGCGCAGGCGCAAAGCGUAUUGGACCAGAUGCUUGCUCAAGGUCCAGCACCUAACAUCAGCACCAUUAACACGUUCCUGCGAGCGCACGCCAGGGUCGGGGACCUGGAAUCCGUAGCCUUGUCGCUGCGACUUGCCGAUAAGCUCAAGCUGACACCGGAUGUGGUCACGUUCACCACAAUCCUCGACGCGCUUCUACGCAAGGGAGGUGAAUCGGCCACAGCUGCCGUGGUCAAGACUCUGAGCCUGAUGAACAGUAUGGGUGUGCAGCCCAACGUCGUUACAUACACGGCCAUGAUCAAGGCCUGUCUGGUAGGAGCGGAAGCAGCGCAGCUCGACGCAGCAUCGCGAAGUCUGCUUGGCGACCCAGCGGACCGAAAGAAGCGACAGCAAUCAUCGAACGAGGAGAACGACGUCAGGAUCGAGGCAGCAUUGGAGCUGCUCGAGAGACUAGUAAAAGCCAAAGUGGCGCCGUCCGAGAUCACGUACAGCGCUCUCAUCGGAGGAUGUUUGCAGAACCCAGAUGCUGUCGCGCAUGCUUUUGCUACAAAGAAGGUACCACGCCAGUUCUGCAGUCUUCCCAGACCCCUGCAUCGCCUCGGAGAGUCACCGCAGACCGCCCAAAGGUGGUACCAAGAAUCCCCUCAUGUCUCGCUAUCUCUGCUUCUCCUCGAGCAGAUGAAGGGACGCGGUCUGCCGCCACAACCAGCUACGUUCCGCUACCUCAUCGAAGGCCUGUGUGGCCCGCACACGGACCAGCCCGCUUUCGUUCGAGGGAUGGAUCUCGUUGACGACAUGCUGCUUCGAACACCCGUCAUGGAGCCUUCACGUCGAUUGGGUCCGUUUGCAUCCGUCGUUCUCCAAGGCACAGAUGUGUACCCGCCCACAAUGCAUGCACCGAGUCACAAAACGUGGAUCUUGCUCUUGAGCUCGCUGAUAGACCGACUCGAGAACGGACCUCGCGACAGGACGGCCAUGAUGACCUGCGCCAAAGCCUUGGCGACCGCAACUCGCCUUGUGCGCGAGAUGGGCUCCUUGGCUGGCGCGGAGGGGGGCAUGUCUUUGUCUCGCCUGGUCGAACGAGCUGCUUCGCUCACAUCCAAAAUGCUUCGCUGA